GUCUUUCCGCAGACUAUUUUUAUGUGUGCUUUCGAGGUUUUUUUCAGUAGUGCCUGAGGUCUUUCAUGUUUGUGUAAGAGCGUGAAUAUUCGUCGAGAUGCUGUGGCUUGUUCCAUUCCUGACAGUGUUGGCGUUGGUUUUGGCGCAACGCACGCCGACGAUAUCGAACAUCAGCGACGAGAAAGUCGUGGACCUGGGGGACACGACUGAGUUGACUUGCUCUGUGCAAUACGCCUUUGAUUACACGGUGUUGUGGGUGAAGAUUGAUCCGGAUCAACCGGGUGGUGCUAUACCGCUGAGCAAAGGCACGAGUUUGAUUUUGCCAGAGACGAGGUUUGCCUUGCGGCACAACACUGCCAGCUCGACUUACGUGCUCCAGAUGAAAGACAUUCAAGACACGGACGCCGGAAUUUACCAGUGCCAAGUGCUGAUAUCGACGCAAAACAUCAUCUCUCGGAACGUGAAGGUGUCUGUUCGUCAGCCGCCAGUCAUUUCCGACGACUCCACGCGGUCUGUGGUCGCCACAGUCGGUGAAGACGUUACUCUGGAAUGCUACGCUUCCGGCUUCCCGAAUCCCAGGGUUUCCUGGCGGCGGAAAAACAACGCCAUUCUGCCGACGGGCGGCGCCGUUUAUCGUGGAAAUAAACUGCGGAUCCCGUCGGUGUCCAAGGACGACCGCGGCACGUACUAUUGCGUGGCGGAGAACGCCGUCGGGGAAGGCGCCCGUCGCAACGUCGCUCUGGACGUUGAGUUCCGCCCGUCCAUCUCCAUCCCGCGGCCCCGAGUGGGCCAGGCUGACGGCUACGGCAUGGACCUCGAAUGCCACGUGGAAGCCUACCCGCAGCCGGCCAUCACGUGGCUCAAGGACGGCUUCCAGCUGGCCAACAACGUGCACUACAAGCUGAGCCAGUUCUCGGCCGGCGACGACUUCACGUCGGCCACGUUGCGGGUCGUGAGCGCGGGCCAGGGACGGUACGGGGAGUACAAGUGCCAGGCGGCCAAUAAGUUUGGCCGGGCCGAGGGCGUCGUCAAUUUGCACGAGACGUACGAGCCGGUUUGUCCGCCUGCUUGUAGCGCCGAGAGUGGACCGAAAGCUUUCGCAGCAGUGAUCUUGUUAUGCCUCAUUUAUGGCAGAAUCAACUGGUGAUGAAGAAAUGAUGAUUCCGUCCAAGGGGAAAAGUUCAGCUAAGUGGAUCCAUUGCAUGAUGAGCAUCGUAUUUGUAAUUGUUUUUUUGCAAAACGGACUUUUAUAUAUUUUAUGCGUUCGUUUGUUUGUUCAGCCUCAACAUGUCAGCAUGGAAGAGAUGAGAGAGAAAGACAAAAAAUACAAAACGAAACAAAAUAGUGUGAGACGAGGUGCUUUGAGAGUAGCCUUGAAGAACCUGGUUGUCAAGAAGGUUGUUGAAUUUUACAAAUUGUUAGAAAAAUAGAAUCUUUACAUUGUUAAUCUCGAUUUUAUAAACAAGGUACGGUUUUUUCUUUGUUUUUUUUUAUAUUCGGAGGAACAUAUAUGUUUUGUUCGAACACCUCAUGGGAGUUGAAACAAAUGGACAUUAUGUUAUUUAA